ACUUGCAUGUGCUACAGCAGCCUCCGUUGUCAGCCUCCGUCAGCGAAACUUUCUGGGUCACACCUUUACUUCUGAUUAGAAGGAGAAUCUUUGUUGUUGUUUUUUGCUUUCUGUGAAAUGAGGUGAUAAUGGGACCAUCUAGUUACUAGCAUGGACCACGAGCUCUGCUUAUCGAAACAGAUGACUAUUCAGUGAACGAGAGAGCCCUCACUUCAAACAGCUGGAUGGCGCGGUGCUUCUGUCGCUGGCGUCGAGUGUUAAUCUGCAUAUGCACGCCAUGCAUUUCCCUGGCCCUGCUGUUCGUCUACGUCACUGUCAUGUUGUGUAUGGCCAUGAACAACACAUCAGUGCCGGGGAUCCCAGUCCAGGACCAGCAAGGCGCUCACUUUGUGGCCUCAGGAUCUUUUAGGAAUAAGAGCUUCGCCCCACUCCCUAAAACUUUCUGGGAUCUGCACCAGCAGGACGCCUACUGGAACCGCCUCCAGCUGACCAUCGACCGCCAUUUCAACCCCAUCCUGCAGGCCAACAACUCCAUGCUCAGAUUCAAAAAUAGCACCUUUUAUGAGUCCCUAGUGAACCGAGGUUUUCCUGAAGUUACCAACUUGAGCAGCAUGAAGAGAAACAUUGAGCAGCUACCACAGCUGUUAAAAGACUUUGCGAGCAGCAUGCACAGGAGGGACUACCCAAUCCUCAUCCAGCCAGAUGGAGUUUGUGGAGUAGGGGCGAAGGAUGAGACGGAGCCCCCUCUGCUUCUACUGGCCAUCAAGUCAACAGAGAUGAAUUUUAAGAACCGGCAGGUCAUUCGACAGACGUGGGGCCAGGCAGGAUGGGUAGCAGGACAGAAGAUCAACAGCAGUGAAGUAGGAGGAAGACAAGGAGGAUUUGUCCGCAGGGUGUUUCUGCUCGCUACAGAAAAUACUGAGGAGCUAGGUGUGGACUUGAAUUACCUACUGGAGAUAGAGAGCAAACAGUAUGGAGACAUCCUGAAGUGGGACUUCAAGGACACAUUCUUCAACCUCACCUUGAAAGAUGUGCUCUUCUGGAAAUGGUUCUCACACUCGUGCAGCCGGGUUCGCUUCGUCUUUAAGGGGGACGAUGAUGUCUUUGUCCACACGCCAAAAAUAAUAACCUACCUCCAGGACCAGUUAAAGACGCCACAAGCAUACAAGACCAUGAAAAACUUCAUGGUUGGAAAUGUCAUAGAGGCAGCCAUUCCAAUCCGAGUCAACACGUCCAAGUACUUUAUCCCAGACAGCUUCUACAAGGGCCUCUAUCCCUCGUACCCAGGUGGUGGAGGGGUGGUGUACUCGGGCUUGUUGGCCAAACGCCUGUACACCAUGUCUAAAAGGGUUAACCUGUACCCCAUCGAUGAUGUUUAUGUGGGGAUGUGUAUGAUUCGGCUUAACGCUCACCCCAUCCAUCACCCUGCCUUCCUCACGUUUGACUUUCCUGAUAAGGAAGAGGAGGGGCGCUGUUCGUACCACACAGUCCUAUUGGUCCACAAACGAAGCCCAGACCAGUUAGUUCAACUGUGGGCUCACUUGAGAGAGACACAGGAACAGUGUAAGGAUGUGCCCCUGAGAAAGGACAAGGAACCAAAACUGUGAGACCAAGUUUCUAUUGAACAUUUUUACUACUGUAGUCUGAUCGCAAACAUUUUGGUGAGCUGCUGUCAGCCAUGAUGAAGUGACACUGUAUUAACUAUAUACACAUAUUAUAUUUAAUUAUACUAAUGUCAAAACCUGCGGGUCCAUCAACACGCCUACUGCCUGAACAAUGUUAAUCAUACUUUUUAAAACAGUGUUUUUACAAAUUUUAAUAUAUUUACUACAAAUUUAACAUUUUUAAAAUAUUAUAACAAGUUUUUUGUACUUUAUUUUAUUAUUUCUGGCAGCCAUUGACUGUCAUUUAUUAUAUAAAAAUAAACCGUAAUGAGCUGAUACUGUAAAUCAAUACUGUGACCAUGUCUAUUUGCACAUUUUGUCAGUUCUCUAUCACUGCUUUUUCCAAUUUCAAAUCAGUCUACAGGUAUGACUGCAUUCCUAAAAAAUAGUAACACAGCUGUGACCAUGUUUGCUUUAAGUCUGCAGACCAACAUGAAUGGAAGUAAAUGGGGGGAUAAUAAUGUAAAAGAAAAAACAAUCAAAAACACAACAUGUAACAGAAAACUGUCAGCAGUAAUGUAAAGUGUGCAUGAUUUAUUACAUUAAGUACACUUGUAACAGUGCACGGCAGUAGUUUAGUGAUAGGUAGCGCUAGUUUAGCAUUUAGCUAAAAUGCUAGGCUACUGUAACGAUAACAAGAGGAGCAGGUACAUAAAGCUUGUGAACAGACCCAUUAAUGUGAAUUACACAACAACGUUUUGCUAAAGAUUACUAACGUUAGCCAAUUAGCCACCAUAAGCUAACGUUAGUGAUCAUAACACAGUAAGGAUGUAGCAGCAAAGUAGUGUUUUAAUGCUUGUGUUUCACUUGUAAGAAGAACAACGUGUUAUUUCUCCCCUCUGAAAGUACAGCCUUGGUUUACAGGCUGGAACACUGUACGCUUUGAGCUCUAAUUAUCUGUCAACGUACAUACUGUAAAGAAUUUGCUCAAAGCAACUAUGCUAACAUAGCUAUUGUUAAAAUGAGUUUGGGGUUACAGUGGUCGAGCCAGUUUUUCAGAGCUGAAACUGGGAAGCCCUCGGUACGUUUACAUCAUCUGCCAUGAAUGAGCUGCUGGUGUCAGCCCCACUCCCGUUAGGCCUGCUAUAAGGAACUGACUCAUGAAGAAUGUGUGAAAUACAUUUGUGUUCAUUCCUGUUUUUCUGGUUCGUUCGCAUCCCAAUAAACUUAACAUACAACCA